AGGACGUCCUGCGUGCUCUACGUGAUGACGCACGGCUGUUAAGGUUUUCUUACUCUUCCCUGCUCUGAGAGAGCCGUCACACAUUCUUGGGUUUGCCAACGCCUCGGACACACCUCAGCUAACACAGUCAUGUCUGACUUCUCGGAAGAUCAGAUCCUUGAGUUUAAGGAGGCUUUCCUCCUUUUCGACAGGACAGGGGAUGGCAAGGUCAGCUACAGCCAGUGUGGGGACGUCAUGCGCGCCCUGGGACAGAAUCCUGUCAACGCUGAGGUGCUCAAGGUCCUGGGCAACCCCAAGGCAGAGGAGAUGAACCACAAGAUGCUAGAUUUUGAGCAGUUCCUGCCCAUGCUUCAGGCUAUUGCUAAGAAUAAAGAUCAGGGCUCCAUGGAGGAUUUUGUGGAGGGACUGCGCGUCUUUGACAAGGAGGGCAAUGGCACAGUAAUGGGAGCAGAGCUUCGUCACGUCCUCACCACACUAGGUGAGAAAAUGACGGAGGAGGAAGUUGAGACGCUCUUGGCAGGACACGAAGACGCAAAUGGGUGCAUCAAUUAUGAAGCAUUUGUCCGCCACAUCAUGUCAGGCUGAGGGCCGAACUGGUCAGGAUGGUCAUGAACGGGUGAAGACGAAGAACAUCCAACUUUUUUUUUUACCCUGUCACAUGCACCCUGUUUUUGACGUUAGCUUCUACAUGCCCCCAACUUUUUCCAUGGAUUAGUUUUCUACAUUUAAUUUAAGAAGUGCCUUUACAUUCCCCACAUAAGACCACUUUUCACAUGUGUGACCAACUUGUAUGCAUUCAGGAGUCUUAAUGCUUACGUUGUUUGCAAUAACAUUCCAAGAUGCAGCUCUUAAGACAUAAAUUUAUUGAUAUACUGUAAAUGUUGAUACUUGUGUGUCAAUGUUUGAUGGGACAAUAAAAUAUAUGGUAUAUACAGUAUACAUAACUGUCGGCAACCUACUGUAUUAUUGGCUAAGACUUGCUUUGGCUGAAGAACGUGUUCCUCUGAUCCUGUGGUAAAUCGGUAUAUUUAAAGCCAUACUAUCAUGAGGUAGAAAGAAACAUUUCAGCGUGGUUCCCAUGUUUUUAAGUCACCCAAUUAUGUUGCUGCAUUAAAUAAAUGUUUUUUCCUGACACCUCA